CCGAGAACACCCUCCUGUGAAUUCAGCACUCAAUGCCCUAGUGCAGUCACGGCACACUCACCCGUGUCCCCCAUGUCACUUCCGCACGCCCAUAGGAGAACUCCUUUCUCAAUAUAAUGCAUCGAUGGAUACGUGGCAUGGAUGGAUUUAGUCUUGGUACACGCACACCCGCUCAUCCAGCUCGCCGAUAGCUCCGCGCUGUGCGUGAAAGGUAAACGAGAAACGUCUUGUACUAAGACUAGUAUGGAGUUGGUAGAUGACGGUAUUGAAUCGGUAAAUGGUGCUACUACUACCACAGAGCAUGGAGGACCAUACAAGAAUGGAGUGAAACUGACCCAACUCUCAAAUCGGUCUUUCAAAAUUCUGGUUUUCCAGAAAGUUUAUUUUAUGGAGAGGAGAUACCGUUUCUGCAGCUAUUUUUUGUAACAACCGUUGACGCCGUCGUUGUGUGGAUAAGUUGACUUUUGCUGGUAGGUUAGUAAGUUUAUACAAGAAUCGUCAUGAAGAUACGGCGGAAACUGGCACUCGGUGUGGUCGUUGUCUUAAGUAUUGCCCUAUUUAUUAUUGUUGAUGUGACGACUCUGUGGAGACGCCGUAUAGACGAAUACGCAGACACGGCUGAACUAUGGAAGCCUUUCCGCAUGGUCGAUGUGCCACGUAGUCUCCAAGCACAGAAGUUUGUCUUACCAUCCAACAUGAUAAUGUCGGGCUCCCCACUUGAGAAGUCUUAUAACACGACUCGAAAGACGCCUACUCAACGGCCAGCACCGGUUCUUCCAGAGCAUGUCACGGAGAAACUGUCACCGGUCACAAAGAAGGCUUGGUCAGCAGAAGACGAAUUCUCACAACGCAUGGAGAUGGUACAGAAGUUGCGGCACGACCUCAUUCACCAGCAGUGUAGAGACCUUUACAACUUAUCGCUUUUGGACUUCCAAAAAGACCGGGAAAAAAUUCUCUCGUGGAAGACAUUUUACGAGCACGCGUACGCAAAUGACGAUUUCAAAUUCAUUAUCUGCCGAGUGCUUAAAGUGGGAUCUUUCAGCUGGCGACAGGUUAUUAGGUCGCUAUACACAAAAGGCAGCCCGUCUUUCAAAAAAUCCCAACCUUUUGGGGAUUACUCUAUCAGGGAAUAUGAUAAUGGAAGGUUCCUACGUGAUCUACAGAACUACACUAAAGUUCUCUUCGUACGGGAGCCCUUCGCUAGGCUUUUAUCCGGGUACAGAGACAAGUACGUAGAGCUGCGUCAUUUCCCGUACUACAAACCAAUCGGCUCAGAAAUGAUCAAGGCUUUCCGGAAGGGCGCCACCAGGGCUGAGAUAGCCAGCGGGAAGCCAACGUUUGAGGAGUUUCUCCGGUGGCUGGUCAGGAACCAGGAAGACCGCACUGGAGAUUACCAUUGGAGGCCGCUCUUCGAUUGGUACCACCCUUGCGAGAUUCACUACGAUUACAUAGGAAAGCUGGAGACAGCAACGGAGGAUGCUAAAUACAUCUUUAAGAAGAUUGGAAUUGAUAAACUUGAGACGUACCCAUCCACUGAGACCCACCAUACGUUUAGCUCGUCCCAAGAUGUAAUGAAGAAGUACUACUCACAAAUCUCACCGGAUCUUAUACCUCGACUCGUCAGUAAACACAAGGAAGAGUUUCUUCUGUUUAACUACACCGUUCCUCUCACUUUGAGUGAGGUAUGGACGAGAAAACCUUAACAAAAACAACUUUGUUUCCUUUCAUUUUGUUACCGAGUUUGUUAAUAAUUCUUUCAUCUCCUUAUUUUUGUUUUCUUAUGAACGUUUAUUUUACAACAUACGAGUCUCACACUACCAGCUUCCUCUUGGGAGCCGUAAUAAUUUUCAGAAUGGAAGAAUUUUUGGGGACUCUAGGUGGCAGCAGACCUACCGGGUAUAUCCAUUGUGCUUGGAAAUUGACCUUACCAGUCUGCUGCCACCUAGCGUUCAAAAGUCUCCCAUGAGUGGUAUUGGAAAAAAAUCAAAACUUCCUCAAGAACGUUGAUUUUGAAUAGCACCUUCAUAAUACUAUAAGAUGCUAAUGUUUCUCAAAUUUUUUGGAACAAAAUCAUUUCUUGAAAUGGCCAAAAGACUUGGUAAUUGGCAUACAGGGAACAAGUUAUUUUCUAAACUUAGAUUGAAAAAACCCGCAGGCUGACCAUACACACUGGCACCAUGACAUCAGGGGUCAUCGCCUCAGCACACAGACCAGAUGUUCUUAUUGUAUUUAUAUUGUAUUAACUAUGUACACUAAACUGGAAUUCUUUUAUUGUAAUUAAACUUCCAAUUUCUACUAUUUCAUUGCUGAAGUACUUUUAACCUUACCUGUACGUAAUUUUGUCACAGAUUCGGGUCAAAUUGAUCCAGAGAGGGUCAGGCCUCACACACCUGAUCCGGGUCUUAUCUGAUCCGGAAUUUUUUCAAGAGUGCAUUAAUGUCUUCUUUCUUGCUACUUUCAAUGCGAGACUUCAGGCGCUAGGUGGCAGCAGACUCACCAGGUAAUUAACUUAGUUCUCAGCGAGGAUGUGCACAUUACCGAGAACAUUCCUUGGUAAGUUUGCUGCCACCAAGCGUCCCAAAAAGCGUAUUCGGUGAAGGCCUGUUUUGUUUUUAAUGUUUUCAUUAUUUAGACCAAUUACCAAAGGUUUAUCAAGGUGACAGGUUAUUGAAAAAAUGCAAUAAUUAUCUUCAUAACUAUUUAAGUAAGAUUAUUUAACACAUU